GCGGCCACCGGGUUGGCGCUGCUGGAGCUGGAGAAAAGCAGAAGUUGGGCAAGCGCGGGCGGCGGCGGCGGCGCAGCUGUCUACGGAGGCUCUCAGGUGGCAGCGCUUCCCCAGCGCGCCGCAAGCGGGUCUUCCGCCCCGCCUCGGAGGGCAGCCCCGCGUCCUCGGGGCGCUUUCGCCGAGCCAGCCCGGGGAGCGACCGAGCGGCUGCGUCUGCAGGGCUCUCAGCCAUCUUGACACGGCGCGGCGCAGGGAAAGUUGAGAAGAGCGAGACCGAGACGGAGCCGCCACCGCCGCCGCCGCCGCAGAAACAGCCCCGCGUCCCGCAUCCCAGCCCGGUGGCGGGAGAUGAGCGCAAGAAAGCCGGGAGCGUAGCCGCCCAGCGCGAUCGCAGCCGAGAGCCGCCGCUUCGCUGCGUCUCCCUCCCGGGUCGGAGGGCGGACUUACUUGGGGGAAGGGAGGCCGCGCUCUGGAGCCGGCUAAGAGGCGAGCCGGGCCGGCGAGGGCGCGGAGAUCCGCUUGGCCGGGCUGGUGGCCGGCGACAAAGGGCAAGCGGAGCCGGCUUUCUCUUGCCGGGGGAGCCCGCGGGGACGCGCCGCCGCCGCCGCUCCUCCUUGCCGAGCAUGGAGCCUCGGUCUUACCUGUUGACCGUCGCUUUCCUGCCGCUCUUCCUGCCCGCCUGGUCGCCGCUGCAGCGGCAUCCUAGCGUCGCCGCCGCCGCCUCCGCAGCUGCCGCCGCCGCCGCGUCCUCGUCCGCCAAGGAGCUGUCCUGCCAGGAGAUCACGGUGCCGCUGUGCAAAGGCAUCGGCUACAACUACACGUACAUGCCCAACCAGUUCAACCACGACACGCAGGACGAGGCGGGGCUGGAGGUCCACCAGUUCUGGCCCCUGGUGGAGAUCCAGUGCUCGGCGGACCUGCGCUUCUUCCUGUGCAGCAUGUACACGCCCAUCUGCCUGGAGAACUACAAGAAGCCGCUGCCGCCCUGCCGCAGCGUGUGCGAGCGGGCCAAGGCCGGCUGCGCGCCCCUCAUGCGCCAGUACGGCUUCGCCUGGCCGGACCGCAUGCGCUGCGACCGCCUGCCCGACCAAGGCAACCCGGACACGCUCUGCAUGGACUACAACCACACGGAGCUCGCCACCGCAGCGCCGCCGCAGCCCAAGCCGCCGCACCGCAAGCCCGCGGGGGGCGGGGCGGGCAGAGGGUCCGGGGCGGCCGCGCCGCCGCCCGCCGCGGAGCCCCCCCCGCGCAAGGGCCGCCUGCCGGCCCCCUGCGAGCCGGGCUGCCAGUGCCGCGCUCCGAUGGUGUCGGUCUCCAGCGAGCGCCACCCGCUCUACAACCGGGUCAAGACGGGGCAGAUCGCCAACUGCGCCCUGCCGUGCCACAACCCCUACUUCAGCCCGGACGAGCGCGCGUUCACCGCCUUCUGGAUUGGCUUGUGGUCCGUCCUGUGCUUCCUCUCCACCUUCGCCACCGUCUCCACCUUCCUCAUCGACAUGGAGCGCUUCAAGUACCCGGAGCGGCCCAUCAUCUUCCUGGCCGCCUGCUACCUCUUCGUCUCGCUGGGCUACCUGGUGCGCCUGGUCGCCGGCCACGAAAAGGUGGCGUGCAGCGGCGGCGCGGCGGCCGCGGGAGCAGGGCCGGCGGGCCCCGCGGGAGGCGCGGCGGGGGCGGCUGCGGCUGCCGUGGGCGGCCGCGGCGCGGCCGGGGGAGCGGCGGAGCUGCAGCCCGACCUGGCGGUGGCCGAGCACGUGCGGUACGAGAGCACGGGGCCGGCGCUGUGCACCGUCGUCUUCCUCCUGGUCUACUUCUUCGGCAUGGCCAGCUCCAUCUGGUGGGUCAUCCUGUCCCUCACCUGGUUCCUGGCGGCGGGCAUGAAGUGGGGCAACGAAGCCAUCGCUGGCUAUGCCCAGUACUUCCACCUGGCGGCUUGGCUGCUGCCCAGCAUCAAGUCCAUUGCGGUGUUGGCGCUCAGCUCGGUGGAUGGAGACCCCGUGGCUGGCAUCUGCUACGUGGGCAACCAGAGCCUGGAGAACCUGCGGGGCUUCGUCCUGGCCCCCCUGCUCAUCUACCUGGCCAUUGGCUCUAUGUUCCUGCUGGCUGGCUUUGUCUCGCUCUUCCGCAUCCGGAGUGUGAUCAAGCAGCAAGGGGGCCCCACCAAGACGCACAAGCUGGAGAAGCUCAUGAUCCGCCUGGGCCUCUUCACGGUGCUCUAUGCUGUGCCUGCUGCCAGUGUGGUGGCCUGCCUUUUCUAUGAGCAGCACAACCGCCCCCACUGGGAAGCCACUCACAACUGCCCCUGCCUGCGGGACCAGCAGCCCGACCAGGCCCGCCGCCCGGACUAUGCGGUCUUUAUGCUCAAGUACUUCAUGUGCCUGGUGGUGGGCAUCACCUCGGGCGUGUGGGUCUGGUCUGGAAAGACUCUGGAGUCCUGGAAGGCACUCUGCACCCGCUGCUGCUGGGCCAGCAAAGGGACAGCCGUGGCUGGGAGCAUUGGGGCCGGCGGGGGGGGUGGGGCCAUGGGCUCUGCGGCUGCUGUGGGAGGACUGGGGGGUGGAGGCGGAUCCAUGUACAGUGACGUCAGCACCGGUUUGACCUGGAGGUCUGGCACUGCCAGUUCAGUUUCAUACCCCAAACAGAUGCCCUUGUCCCAGGUGUAAAAGCCAGAGUUCGAAAGGGCGGGGAAGGGGUGCAGCCCAUUUCUCCUUGAGGACGAACUUCAGGCCUCCCUAGGAGCAGGACAGUGCCACUUCCAGAGGCUUCCAAGUGCCAGCCAAUCAUCCCCAGCCCCUUUCUCUACUUGUCAGUCAAUCCUCCCCAUAUCGAGAAGCUGCGUGUUUCUGUGUGGUUGAUACAAGAAGUUUCUCAAGACAAGAAUUGCCUUACAUGUCUUCAGCCAGCACAAGCCCUUUUGCCCAGUAGGGCUUCUCUGCUCUUUGUCCAUCAAAGUCUUGAUAACAACGUCAAGGGAUGUAUCUCUCAUUGAACUGCAGGGGUAGAGGAGGGCUCUAAAGAAUUUCCUUUUUUAACAAUGCCAACAACAACACAAACUGGCAGAUGCCUUAAAAUCAUGUGCUCAAAUCAUGUCUUAAUUGUACACCCCAAGUAAAUACGGGUUUCUUAUGUUAAAGGAUGUAUUUAUAUAAUUAUUUGGUACCUUGUACAAAAUCUGUAAAAUAUGUAUAUAUUCCAAAUGCUAUACAGUCUGUAAAUUUCUUUUGUUUAAAGAAAAAGUUUAGAGGCUUACCACCACUGCUCCCUCCUAAGAGCAAAAAUUUGAGUAUUCUAUUUUGUCAA